AAGCGGGAGGCUGGGAAGGGGCUCUCCGGAGUUCGCCGAGGCGCGGAGCUGAGCGGGAGGCUGCUGCUGCCGCCUGGCUUGGCGACGGAGACGGGGAGCUGGCCCGCGCCUGCCGCCCGAGCUCAGCCUUACGCAGCGGCGCAAAGCCCCCUCUUUGGAAAGCGCUUAGCGCGCGGGGCGGGCGGGCGAGCUGGCUGGCUGGCUGGCUGGCUGCGGGAAAGUUUGCUCGGCUCUCCCCCUCUCUCCCUGCCCGCCUAGAUCGAGGCGUAUUUCUUGCCACAGGAGAGCUUAGAGGCGGCUUCCCGACCGCCCCCAGCGCGGCUCUGCUGGCCGCAACAAAAGCGAAAGGCAAGAAGCUGGCUGGGACAGGGGCCGGCGGGGGGGCGAGUCGUGGGGAAGCGAGCCCGAUCCGGCUUCUUGCUUGAUCCUGGUCAAGUGCGCCAAGGGGAAGGGUUUUUUUCUUGCCUUCUGGAGCCUCCUUGCAAGAAUCCCGAGGGUGUUUCCUCUUCCCCCAACCACCCGGAAGGUUUUUGUGGGUUUUUUGCAUCAUCAAAGGAUAAUAUUUAAAAAAAAAAAUCCGGAGAAGAAAGAAAAGGAAGGAAGCCAAACAAGGCAGUUGGUUCCUCUUCCACAAGAAGCGCCCCCCGCCGCCGCCGCCCCCCCCCCGCAAGAGCAAGAGAAGGGGGAAAGGAAAGGGCAGCCUUCCGCGCCUAGCCUCGGCGAUGGAUGAUCAGCCCAGGUUGAUGCAUUCCCACGCCGGGGUGGGGAUGGCCGGGCACCCUGGCCUGUCCCAACACAUGCAGGACGGAGCCGGGGGCACAGAAGGCGAGGGGGGACGGAAACAAGACAUUGGGGACAUUUUACAGCAGAUCAUGACUAUCACCGAUCAGAGUUUGGACGAGGCGCAGGCCAGAAAGCAUGCUUUAAACUGUCACAGAAUGAAACCAGCACUUUUUAAUGUCUUGUGUGAAAUCAAAGAAAAAACCGUGUUGAGCAUUCGAGGGGCUCAGGAGGAAGAACCAACAGACCCACAGCUAAUGCGACUGGACAACAUGCUCUUAGCGGAAGGGGUAGCAGGCCCUGAGAAAGGAGGGGGGUCCGCAGCGGCCGCAGCGGCGGCGGCAGCAUCUGGGGGUGCCGGCUCAGACAAUUCUGUGGAACAUUCUGACUACAGAGCAAAACUCUCUCAGAUUCGACAGAUCUACCACACUGAGUUGGAGAAAUAUGAGCAGGCAUGUAACGAGUUCACUACUCACGUGAUGAAUCUGCUGCGGGAGCAGAGCAGGACCCGACCCAUCUCCCCCAAAGAAAUAGAGCGGAUGGUCAGCAUCAUCCACCGCAAGUUCAGCUCCAUCCAGAUGCAGCUCAAACAGAGCACGUGCGAAGCCGUCAUGAUCUUGCGCUCCCGAUUUCUCGAUGCACGGCGGAAGAGAAGAAAUUUCAACAAGCAGGCUACAGAAAUCCUCAAUGAGUAUUUCUAUUCCCACCUCAGCAACCCUUACCCCAGUGAGGAAGCCAAAGAGGAACUAGCCAAGAAAUGUGGCAUCACAGUCUCACAGGUAUCAAACUGGUUUGGAAAUAAGCGAAUCCGGUACAAGAAGAACAUAGGUAAAUUUCAAGAGGAAGCCAAUAUUUAUGCUGCCAAAACGGCUGUCACUGCUACAAAUGUGUCAGCCCAUGGAAGCCAAGCUAACUCACCCUCAACUCCCAAUUCAGCUGGUUCUUCCAGUUCUUUUAACAUGUCAAACUCUGGAGAUUUGUUCAUGAGCGUGCAGUCACUCAAUGGGGAUUCUUACCAAGGGGCCCAGGUUGGAGCCAACGUGCAGUCACAGGUGGAUACCCUUCGCCAUGUUAUCAGCCAGACAGGAGGAUACAGUGACGGGCUCGCAGCGAGUCAGAUGUAUAGUCCGCAGGGCAUCAGUGCUAAUGGAGGCUGGCAGGAUGCUACGACUCCUUCGUCAGUGACCUCCCCCACAGAAGGCCCUGGCAGCGUCCACUCUGAUACCUCCAACUGAUCUCCCAGCACUCCAGCAUCCCUGGCUGUUCCCCAUCCUGCACCAGGCAGACGUGGGGCUGAGAGGGGAGGGGAUUUUUCUCCUGUUGAAGCUGUCAGGCUGGAUCCAGAGCCGAUGGGCAAAUGCAACAGGAGUCUACUUCUCUUCUCUCUUUCGGGAUGCUUUCUCAGCCAAUCUGGACACUUCUUUAUACUCUCUUCCCUUUAUUUUCUGGGUAGAAGCCAUCUCUGCUUUCACCACCACCAUCGCCCGUCCUCUCACAGCAGAAUAUUUUUCAAUCUGAAGGAAAAACAAAACCGCUUCUAAAAGUGUACAUGUUCAUGUUGUUGUUGUUGUAUUCCUUCCUUCCUUCCUUCCUUCCUUCCUUCCUUCCUUCCUUCCUUUCUUUUGAGGAGUCAGUCUUUCACGCUUUCCAGUCUACCAGGCUCUCACCUCCUUCUGUUUCUCUGAUGUUCUCACUACCUCUUUGCAGGAGGCCGUUCCCCUGGCCUUUGGGCACCGUUCCUCCUCCAUGUAAGGACAAUUGUCUGUUCCUCUAAGACCCUUGGUGAGUUGCCUUCCGAGAUGCUCCCUGUUACAGGUUGGAUAAAUGCAAUCCUGGUGCUCCAAGGUAUGUCUGCAACAUGUCACAUUGUUACCAACAAGACCAAGAGAAUGGUCAGAACCCUACCUACGUAUCAGUGCUAUGUAGGGAUGUGUGGAACUGUUUCACAGCUGCUUCUAUAUGAGUGCUAGAAUCCUACCACUUAUUAUGAACAUGUGAGCCUAGCAUAUAGUCAGAUCACGGCUUCACCUGACUCAUAUCUUCCUGAUCACCUGGAUGCACCUGAGAGUAAAACCAAAUGAGUCCAGAGCAAAAGCAAAAAGGCAGACAAGUUGGUCCAUCAGAAAAAGUCCAAAAUCCACAGUAGGAUUUAUAGGAUCUUUAUAGGAUCAACAAAAAUGACAUAAAAUACUAAGUAUUGAUUUUGAGUUCUCCAGAACUCUUCAUCAAGCUGGAGGUUAAGAAAAGCAGACAAGGAGAAGAAAAACAGAAGCUGACUUGUUGUUAAACCCAAAACAACUGCACUGGUCAGUCUUAAAACAGAUUGGGGAAAGAGGUUAUACUCUUAGGGCACCAUCCUAUAGGUUGUGCCCUCAUUAGAUGGAAGCCUCUGAUCUCAGAGAUUUUGGAGUACCCUGUAACCUGCCAUACUGUUGCCAGCAGGGGUGGAAGAGUGAUGGAGGCAAUUUUCAUCUCUAGAUCCUCCUUUCAGUAAUUUUUCCUCUAGGUAAGCUUGUGAACCCGUCUCGGUUAAUCACGCUGCUGGAGUGGGGCUGGGGCGGCUAAUGGAAACCUCAUUUCCUAACCUCUCCUCUCCCUUCCCAUUUGGAAUACCUCUCCCCUCUGAGGCCACUUUUGCAAUCUCAGAAGGCAGCCGGCAUGGUUCUUUCUGCAGUGACUGCAAAGGGGUGGGGAAGGGUCGAAUUUCAGAGUUCAUAGCACUGUCAGCCUCAGAUGGCAGACUCCAAAGAAUCCCAUGGACCCUGGGAUGCUCUCCUAGGUCCUAAGUACGUUUCAGGUUACAUCUAGAGAUUCUUGGACAAAGACAUACACACAAUGGCUGAUUCCUCAUUUUUGAAAAUAUAAAAUCCAGCACUUGCCAGGACCUAUCUCCAGCAGAAAGUUUCUUGUUAGAAACAUGGCAGUUUUUUAUGUGAGCAAAGGCAAGGAUUAAUUUUAGGUGGUGCCUGAGUUUUGUUUGUUUGCUUAAGUAGCCAAAUAGGGUGGCAUUAUUUAGUGGUUGCAGAAAGAAUAAAGGUGACAGUUUUAUUCCCAGCUUCAGGUGAUAGAAAAUCUUCCUCCAGUUUUGUUCAUACAAGGUCGUUGGUACCUCUUGGCAUGCAUGAAUGAUUCUGAAAGCAUUUGUUUCAUUUCUUAGUGUAAUGCAAUGCAAUGGGCAACGUUCAGUGUCACACAAGGUGGACCUACACCCACCUGCAAGCCCGACAGAUCUCCUCAGAGCACAUUUGGAGGGUGCACAGGGCCUGCAGGGGGAAUGUGCUCUGCUGAUGAUUCCUGUUCUACUGGCGGAUGGACAGCAUUGGACACAACCCAAUGAGUUGCAAUUAAUUAUGUGCUCAUUACCUGAUAUUUCCGCAAAUGGACCAUUGUAUCCUCAACUGAAAUGUGUGAACAAGAAGCAUAAUCCACUGGAGAGGAAAUCUUACUCAAGCCCCAUUGAAAUGUGUGGGUGGAUAGUGUUGUGCAGUAUUGUUCGUUACUUUGACUUAAUUUUGGACAAAUAUCUGAAUUGUACAAUUUGCAUGGCAGACCACAAUUUCUUGGAAAAAGAUAGAUGGAGUUGCAUUUAUCUGCCUGUAACAACGUACUUUCCCCCUUCCGAUCCGUCAUGGUAUGGUACUAACUUCUUAAUGGUACAUACACUGGUAGUGGUUCUUUGCAUAUCCAGAUUUACUAUUUUUAUUAUAAUAUUAAUAUUAAUAUUGAUUAUUUUGAUUACCUGUGAGCUGCCUUUUCUCAUUCACUUUUGCUUUCUUUAUUUUCUGCCCAGAAAAAACCGACUUCGAUACCAAAAACAAAAAAAAAUUAAAACUGCAGAAACUUCAAAAAAACUAAAAAAAAAUAAAAAUUAAAAAAUUCAAUUCUUUCAGCUUUAUUAACAUUUUCCAUUGUUUCUUGCGAUUUGUGUCUCGUUCUUUGUAGUAUUGAUGAUAAUGAACAUUUGAUAAUGAAUGUUCUUGUAUAUUCAGAUAAAGGAAAAAAAAAAACCAAAAAAGCAGUCUGAAUUUAAUAGUGUUUAUAAUAAAAAAAAUAAAAUAAAAAGUUACCCUCAUAGCACGCAUCAAAGGACAGGCUGUCUCCAUCCUGUCCUUUCUGUGGCAAAAAGCGCUUCAUACCUGUAUAGUUUUUAAAUCCAAACUACCUACAUUCACCCUUCUUUUGUUUCCAUUUUUUCCAUGCAUUUGUGAAUUAGUUCAAGAAUGGUAGAAAAGUGUAGAGUUGUGCACAUUCAUUUCCUGUUACACAAUUUUUUUUUAAAAAAAAAGUGACAGUAAUUCAUUUUGUAAAACUUUUAAAAAUGGUUGGAAUAGUGAGCAUAAUAGAUACCUAAUACUUUAUGUUUACUAACUCUGAAAGCCAGAAUUUACGGUUUAUUUUAAGUUUUGAAUUCUUUGAAGGGGGCUUUUAUUUUAGGACCCAAUUCACUGGGAAGUUCUCCAGUGUAAGCCUCCACUGAAGUGAAUAGAUCUGUGCAAGAGAAUCUUCUGUACAGCUCCAAUUCAGUUCAAUGGUGUUUACACAGGGGACCAGACCCUUGUUUUAUUUUUAUCAGACUAUGGCCUUAAAAAAAAUCCCUUCCCAGCCUCGUCACUCCUUAAUCUUGUUUACUGUCUUCAAAGUGAUGUGAAAAGUUUCAUUAGCAAAAAGAAAAAAAUGUUUACAAAAUUAUUUCUCCCUCUGUUUGCAUUGGUUUAUUCAUUUAAUAAAAUAUAUGCUAUUAUUACCAAUCAGAGGAUCGCUUAAGCUGAAGGCUAAAGACAAGAACUACAAGAGAUGAGCAUGGUAUUUGAUAUGUGGGACCAUAGUAAAGCAUUAUGUGCCUGAAAAUCACUUACAAUUAAUUCCUGGAACAAGGGCUGUUUCUACACCUGCCUUUUGUCCUGGGAUCUUCCCGGGAUCAUCCCUGUGCAUUGCCUGGGUUAAUCCUUAGGUGUAGAAAGGGCCAAGGAUUUGCUGUUAGGUAAUGGUAAAGUAAGUGUUUUUAGGACGGUUGCAUAAAAGUCCUAAAUUCUGUAGCCUUGGAAAAUCUAAUCUAAGUCCUAAAUUCUAUAGCCUUGGAAAAUCUAACCCCCUGGCCAACAACUGGCUUUCUUGAACAGCCUCUUUGAGAAGCAAGUGAGAGUUAUUGAGCUGGCAUCUCAACCGUCUACCCUGUAAAAUCAGUUGCUCCAGAUAACACUUCCAUCAAGUAGUUAAGUAAUAGGAUAGUGGCGGUUUUCGCCAAAGUUCCCUCAGCUCUUCACCCCUAAUUUGAUCCAAACUGCCAAUGUAAAAGGAAAAUUCUCGACUGCUGUGUCCAAGUUACUAUUUCCAGUUGAUGGGGCAACUGCAAGCCACUGCAGUGAUGAAAAUUACAACAUGGGAGGGGACACAUAGCCAUUUGAACUUGGGGUGAGAGGACAGACACUUUCUGAUUGCCUCCCAGCAGGAAGUCAGCCAUUGCUCUCAAAUGCCACUUCCAUUCUUCCUGCUUUGAAACCUGGUAGAGGUGGGUGAAAGUGCAAAUACUUUUCUAUUUAUACCUGACAACUUUAAAUAUUCCAUAGGUUUUGCCAUGUUGCAUCUUCUUGGCCACCAUGGGAUAAUUUGAGCCUGGGCUCCACUGAAUUGAGACCCUUUAGCUGUCUCAAGCAAGGGCUCAACGUUGCAAUAUAUAAUAUAUGUAAUAAUAGUUCUUACAAUGCCUCUAUAUGUGCCUUUCCCUCACCUCCGAGUAACCUCAUCUGUAAUUAGGGGACAGGACACGCUAGGCCAGGGGUUUCUAAGCAGCACCUCUUUUUAGACAUUAACCAAAGUUGCUGGGCUGCCAACAGCACCCUGUAGCCACCCUGUCCAUAUUUACCCUAUGAGGGUCGAGGUGGUAGGUAAGCAUGUCAGCAGUUGCUAGGCAGCCAAAACAUCUUUACUUUGAUCCACUGGAGUCCCCUUGUGCCAUCAAAACACUGAUUCUAGGCCGCACCAUCUACCCAAGGCUGAAAUGCUCAUAAGAUUUACUCAUAUGUUUUAAAUGGUCCCAUUUUAAAAUGUACUCUGCAAGAAAGCAUUGGUAAUAUAUUUACUUUUCUCUCUUUUUAGAUUAAAUAGGUUUAACAUUCUGUUUUAUGCUUCCUCCUUUGUAAGCGUGGAUCUUAAUGACUGGGUUGAAGGUAUUAGUCAAUCUUAAUUCAAGGCCUGGCCCUUUCUACGGUCAACUGUAAACGUACUCUAGUUUGGUGUGAUACAGCAGUACAAGACUUACACGUUUAUCUUGCUUAUCUUAAUUGCCAGCAACUUGGUUAUGAAUCAGUGGUGAAGAAACCACAUUGUAGAAAAUGUGGAACCCACAUUGUGGAAAAUAGAUGGCAGUGGCCACUAUAAUUACAAAGUAGCAAAUAAGAUUUAAAAGUAAAACUAAGCUGGAAAAGAUGUGCGAGAUUCUUGUGUUUCUCAAAAAGCCCCCUCUCCCCCAGCCCGGCCCCUGGUGAUUCUGUGGGCUGAAAAGAACGCACAAAUGUUAAGAGAGAGUGUGUCCCAUUGCCAAGGCAACCAGGCUGAUGCUUCCUAUUUUGAUAUACUGCACUUAACUUGCCAUAGCGCAACAAUACAGGAAAUAUUGACUAGUUGCUUUAGCAACAUGGAUGCGCUUCCCUACUCUCCAUUCAGAGUGAGAGCAAAGCAAUUGGUUGGUUUGUUCUCACUGACAUAAUAUGUGGCCAAACCUGAUUGGUUAAGUAGUGACAUCAUCACAUCCACAAUGUGACCCCUGAUUGACUGAGACCUGAGGCAGGGUCAAAAUUCCUCUCCAUUCUCAGGUGGUGAAAGACAAGGGGACUGGGAGAAAUGCUAGGAAUUUUCAAGGGAGGGAGAACUUUCUGACAAAGCAGGACUUUUCCUAUUUUUCAACUCAUCCACCCCCAGUUUGCUCUGUCACAACAAACCUGUAACUAUUGGCAAAUGGCCCUCCAUUCCCCACCCCACCCUACCCUACAAUACUUUACUAGAAUGAUGCUAUUUUGGGGCCAUGGACACAUUUGGCAAUUUGAGAAAUUGUCCUGGCACCAUGACAAAAUGGCUGCCAAGGGAGUCAUGGUAAAAGACAACCUGCGAAGCAUACAGUAUUUGUGUACAAUGUAGAUGUAGGGUCUGAGACCUCAACACUUGAAACUAACAGUCUGCAGUACCAACAGGGGGGGGGAAAUCAGGGAAGUACACCUAGGUGGGUGCCCCAAAAAGGGUCCUAGGUGACUUCGUGCUCAUGGGCACCACGUUGUCUACCCCUGAUGUAGCAUAUUUCCAAUGACCCAUUGUGGGAAGAAAGGGUGCUCUGCUGGUGCUGGAUGGGGCAAGUAAAUCUAAGAAAGACUUUAAAAAGAAGAAGACACUGCAGUUGCUGCUGUCCCAGUUAAGUCCCCCACUUAUGAAAAUUUUGGGUUUUCCCACACUACCUUUCCCUUCAGCUCCUCAUUUCUUUUCAGAGAAAAAUCUCUGAGAGAAUUUUGGCUCAGCCCUAGCAAGACUAUAUUGUGAAAGAAUAAGAAGAGAACCCCCAAAUGGGGCUCCAAACAGGUGCAUAUUGGUUAAGUAAUGUCUGCAAAUAGGGGUGUAAAAUGAACAAGAAAUAAAAAGGAAGUUCCAGAUUUCCUUUUGCCCCUCUCAAAAGCAUGUGUCAGAAAAGCAUGUGCACAUGCAAUUAGGAAGUUAUUUUGACUGUAAUUAAAAGCAAGCAUAGCUAGACAUGCAUGCACAUGCACUUGCUAGCAUAGUUUUAGCUGUGCUGAUCGAGCAGAUUGCAUGCACCUCACAUCAGAAGGAGAAAGUAGUGUCCAAUCCAGGCUAAAUCUUACUUGUUUAAAAUGGUAUCUCUCUUCAGGGGAUGGGAUCAGGGGAUCAAAGCAUUGAAGCAUGGUUUAGGUGGAAUCCAACAUUACUUUCUCCUAUAAUGAGGAAGAACCAAGGCUCUUUCAUGCUUUAAGCUAGACACAGGCACGGAUUUGCAGAACUGGACUCAUUUAGGGAAGGCAAUUUGAUGCACAAUCCAACACCUCAAAAAUUGGUACUGUGAAAUAAAUGAAGCUGUGCCCUCUUUGUUUUCAAGUUACUGUGAAGUUUUCACAUCACUCUUUCCACCAGCCCCUUCUUUUUACCAUGCAACUUUUGUUUGCAUAAAGUGUCUUUAAAAUAUUGUUACUAUUGUUAUUAUUAAAGAUGUAUUACAAAAUGCAUUGUUUGUUCUUAAUCACAACCCCUUUUGUUUCUUGUAAAGACAUCCUGCUUUGUUCUGAAUUGCUUUGUCUUAUUUCUUUUGUUUCCAAUAGCUUCCCAGUAUAAACCCUAGGAGGUCUUUGCUUUGACUUAUAUCAAUUCUUUUGGAUCCUUUAAAGACAAAGGCCUGUGUCUUUUUGAUUCCCAUUGAAACUUUUCUGUUCUAUAAUAAUACUAACAAGGUGUAGGUUUUACAGUCUCCUGAUUUGUACUGCUAAUGCAUAUUCCAAAUAAAUAGUUUCUUUUGUUGCAAAA